GCAUAUAAAGCAGCUGUAGACCUGUAGUAGUCGUAUCAGUAAUAACAUCUUGUCAGUCAUCCAUCAUGGACUGUGUCCUCAGAUCUUUGAGUAUAAAGUGGUGUGGUGUGGGCCUGACACGAGUUAAAAGACAUUGUUUAAGUUAUUUUCCCUUUUAUACACUUUGUUUUCAUUUGAGCGAACCCCACAGCAACUCCCAGAGUGUUUGCUUGUUCUCUCUGUGUGAGCGACUCUCAGCGUCAGAGGUGGACGUGAGAUUUCAAACAGCACAUCAGUGCGUUUAUGUAUUGGGUGCCCGGAAAUUUUUCCAAAUAAACACAGCUUGAUUCGACCUGGGUGGGCAGACUUAUCAAGCGACUAAUUCUAUAAACAGAUGAGGGAAUAAGCCGGCACCUCAUUGGCUGUUGAACAUGAGGGAGUUUCAGAGCAAUGAAAUUUUAAUUAAUGUGGGUGGGCUGGGAACACCACCGACUGUUUAUGAUGGACAAUUUAUUUCCCAGUGCAAAGUCAACAUAACACAGCAAAACGUACAACAAUUAUUAACAUUUCCUGGGCCCCUCAUGAGGCUGUGGAGUCAGUCAGAGGCGGAGAGGAGCUCCGGGAGCAGGCGAGACUUUCCCCGGGACGCACCGCAGCCUCCCCAGCGUCAUGGCUCUCUACCACGGCCGUCUCGGAGUGCCCUCCUCGGCUCUGGGCCUCCCCGGACCGCCGCUCAUCUACCUGUACGGAGGAGGAGACAGCGGAGGAGUCCUUCCUGCUGCCGCUCUGAGCUUCCUGCCGAGCCGCCACGAGCCUCCGCAGAAGCCGCCCUACAGCUACAUCGCGCUCAUCGCCAUGGCCAUCAAGAGCGCGCCGGAGCAGCGCGCGACGCUCAGCGGCAUCUACCAGUUCAUCAUGGACCGGUUUCCUUUUUACCACGACAACAAGCAGGGCUGGCAGAACAGCAUCAGACACAACCUGUCUCUCAACGAGUGCUUUAUUAAAGUGGCCAGAGAGAAGGGCCGGCCGGGUAAAGGCAGCUACUGGACUCUGGACACCAAGUGUCUGGACAUGUUUGAGAACGGGAACUAUCGGCGGAGGAAGAGGAAGGCGAAGAGUCAGCAGGAGGCUCUGGACUCUAAAGGUGGAGGACACAAGCGCAGUAAGGGUCCUGGCACAACCAGGGACCCUCAGUCCUCUCUGAGACACCAGACUGGCUCGGGGACAGCAGAGACGGAGACGAUGGAGACGCAACCGGACACCAAAGCGGUUCUUGUUGAGUUUAACCACGCUGGACAGUCGCAAACACCCGCCAUACAGAGACUUAAAGUAUCCCCCAACCAGGACGGUCUUGUCUCCACCGUGAGGAGUCAGCCGGAGACAUGUCCAGCUCCGAGAGACGCUCCUCUGUGGAUGGACAACCCAGGCGCGUCUCUGCGUCUGGAACCGGAGGAGAGGAGGUCUGCGUUCAGAGACAGAGGUCCUCUCUGCGCCGUCAGCUACGCAGGAAACACAAACUUGGCUACACUUGCGCACGACAGGCCGAAAGGAAACGUACCGAGCAGGGAUAAGUCGAAAGGUUUCAGCAUCGAGAGCAUCUUGUCGAGAAGUGAAGACGAAAGACGCAGCAGCAGCAGCGUCCUCGGUUUGUCCGCGGAGACAUGCGCAGAGCGCACGAGUCCCGCGCUCAGCUCGUCCGUGGUCCUCGGUGCCCGAGCGCAUCACUUGUACCAGAUGGGUUUCCCAUUCUGCUCCUACCUGUCACUCUCCUACCCAGACAAAGUGCUGCAUUUUAAAUGAGUACAAUUGAAUGUAUUUCACACGGAUGAAAGUGUAAACUCUGUUAACUAGCUUUGCAUGAUGAGUUACUAUGAGAACAGUUACUGUUUCAGGACCUCUGGCAUCCUCAUCAUCUACAGUAAUGUUCAGACAAUGACAACGAGCAACACGAAGGCUUUUACAUUCAUUUUUACGCAUGCGUAAUUGUCAGUGUUUUUUUGUUUGUGGCUGCUCCCCAAAACUCUAUGGCUGCGCAAUUUAAUGCUUGAUACAACAAAAAGGGUAAAGUAUAUAAGGAUUGUUGUCAUUGUCAUGUGACUAUUUAGAGAAAGUUCAUAUAUUUACAGUAAUUCUCUUUUCAUUCAUUCAUGAUGAUGAAUGCGUAAAUAUGUUCAAGGCUGAUAUGUUAUUCAGCAAUUCAGUGAAUGUCAUGACUGGGCCUGUGUAGCUACAGUAUCUUUGAACAAUAUGAGAAUAAAGUUUAGUACUUAACAAUAUAAUCAAAUGCUAUUUUACAUCCCCUGCUCUAUGAAUUCCAUGUGCAAAAUAAAGUUUAGUUUGGUAAAAUGACAGCAUGAUUUAUUCAAAAUUGUGAGAAAU